AUUCGUAAACUCGAGUGAGCGCUUAAUGGCGGAUGGUGGAUGGUGAACUGGUGGAUUCAUACAAACACGAAUUACGAGAGAAACCGCAAAAAAUCCUUUAUUAUUAUUAUCUGUUCGCCUCUCAAACUGCAGCCGCGUUAAACAAUGAUUGAAGCUGUGAAGCGCGGCGCCGAUAUGGCGCUCGUCCCCGCGGACGUGAAGAGGCCGAGGACCGAGCUGGUGGCUGCGGCGCAAUCCCAACAACUCUCUGCAAUGGGUCCUCCACGCACCUCCAGCUUACAGGCUCCUAUAAUGUUGUUGUCUGGGCAUGAAGGAGAAGUCUACUGCUGCAAGUUCCACCCUAACGGUUCCAUGCUCGCUUCUGCAGGAUAUGACCGCCUCAUCUUGUUAUGGAACAUGUACGGGGAAUGUGAAAACUUUGCCACGCUAAAGGGCCACACCGGAGCCGUCAUGGAGCUUCAUUACAACACAGAUGGCAGUCUCCUCUUUUCAGCCAGUACAGAUAAGACCGUUUGUGUGUGGGACAGCGAGACGGGCGAGCGCGUGAAGCGACUCAAGGGCCAUACCUCUUUUGUCAAUUCCUGUUUUCCGGCUCGCCGUGGUCCGCAGCUGGCCUGCACCGGUAGUGAUGACGGAACUGUGAAGUUGUGGGACAUCAGGAAAAAGGCGUCGGUUCAUACCUUCCAAAACACGUACCAGGUUCUAAGUGUGACCUUCAAUGACACCAGCGACCAGAUCAUCUCAGGAGGCAUCGAUAAUGACAUUAAGGUGUGGGACCUGAGACAGAAUAAGCUGAUUUACAGCAUGCAGGGUCACGGGGACUCUGUGACGGGACUCAGUCUCAGCUCUGAGGGGUCCUACUUACUGUCCAACUCCAUGGACAACAGCGUACGCGUUUGGGAUAUUCGUCCAUUUGCUCCUAAAGAAAGAUGUGUGAAGAUUUUCCAGGGAAAUGUCCACAAUUUUGAAAAGAAUCUUCUGCGCUGCUCUUGGUCACCAGAUGGCAGUAAGAUAGCAGCAGGCUCCGCUGACAGGUUCGUGUAUAUCUGGGACACGACCUCUCGUAGAAUCCUUUAUAAGCUUCCUGGACAUGCAGGAUCAGUCAACGAGGUGGCCUUCCAUCCUGAGGAGCCCAUUGUUCUAUCUGGAUCCAGUGAUAAGCGCCUCUACAUGGGGGAAAUUCAGUAGUGUGUGUGUGUGUGUGUCUGUGAAUGUGUGUGAGUCGUGAUAGUUUGGAAUAUGGGUGGGGAUUAAUGAUGCUGAGAAACAGAAGAAUUCAAUUUGCAGAGAGUCCUUGGUUGUGGAUAAAAUGCUGAGCUCCUUUUUGUAUGCUUUUAAUAAACGUAUUUUUUUUUUGGAGAAAUGA